AUGCAAGCUGCAUACAUUGUUGCUGCCAAGAGAACUCCCAUUGGUUCUUUCUUGGGAAAGUUAUCUAACAUUAAGGCUCCUGAAUUAUCUGCUAUUGCAACCAGAGCUGCCUUAGAAUCCAAGAAAAUCGACCCCAAGCACGUCGAUGAAGUUAUUUUGGGUAACGUUAUCGGUGCCGGUCUUGGUUAAAAUCCUGCCAGAUAAGCUUCCCUCGCUGCUGGUAUUAGUGUUUCAGUUCCUUCCUACAGUAUCUAAAAGGUUUGUGCUUCUGGUAUGAAGUCCGUCAUUUUGGGUGCUUAACAAAUUCAACUCGGUUUAUCCAACUGUAUUGUUACUGGUGGUUUUGAAUCUAUGUCAAAUGCUCCCUUCUACGUUUAAAAUUACAGAAAGGGUGCCUCUUAUGGUAACCAAACUUUAAUUGAUGGUUUGGCCAACGACGGUUUAGUUGAUGCCUACAACAAAAUUGCUAUGGGUCUCUGUGCUGAAAAGACUGCAAGCGAUUUCCAAUUAACUCGUGAAUUACAAGACCAUUACUGCAUCACUUCUUACGAAAGAACCCUCAAUGCUAUGAACUCUGGUAAAUUCGCUGACGAAAUCGUUCCUGUUAAGAUCAACGAUAAAGAAACCGUUACUCAAGACGAAGAUCCUUUGAAAUUCAAGAAGGAAAAGAUCCCCGUACUCAAGCCUGCUUUCUCUAAGACUGGUACUAUCACUGCUGCUAAUGCUUCCAAGAUUAAUGAUGGUGCUUGCUCUAUCAUUUUAAUGAGUGAAUAGAAGGUUAAGGAAUUAGGCUUAACUCCUCUCGGUAGAAUUAUUUCUUAUGCUGAUGCCGAAGUUGAUCCUAUUGACUUCUGUAUUGCCCCUGCCAAGUCCAGUCAAAAGGCCCUUGACAGAGCUGGUAUGAAGAUUUCUUAACUCGAAUACUUCGAAUUCAAUGAAGCCUUCUCUGCUACUGCCCUCGCUAACAUGAAAUUACUUGAUAUCGAUAUUUCUAAGAUCAACCUCCACGGUGGUGCUGUUGCCUUAGGUCACCCUGUUGGGUAAUUUAAAAAAUUAUUUUUAACAACAAAUUAAAAUCAAAUUCAUUUAUUUUAAAAGUGUUUCUGGUGCAAGAAUUAUUCAAUCUUUGCUCACUGUCUUGAAGGUUAAUAAGGGUAAAUAUGGUCUUGCUGGUAUCUGCAACGGUGGUGGUGGUGGUUCUUCCAUCAUUAUCGAAAAUCUCUAAUGAUUUAAAAUUUAAUUUAACUGUAUUGUGUAUUCAUAAUUUUAUUUUGCAAACCCUUUUAAAAUUGUAAUAAUUUUAGUUCUCUCAAUCAAUCAAUCAUCACUCUUAUUAUUAUAUCAAUGUUAAAGCAAUUAAUUUUAAAUAUGAAAGCUAUGAUAAAUAUUAAACUGAGAUAAAUUUAUUUUUAUAAAACAAUAUUAAAAUCUAAAUAAAAAUAUGUUAUAAUUUUUACUAAGUUAAUCUUGCAAUAUUUAACAAAAAUUGUAUGUCUUUUUUGGUUAAAUCAAAAUUGA